CAUCGGUGCUGUCCAGCAACGUAAAGAGACACCGUCCGCUUCGAUAUCUCGGCAUCGUAUCUAACCACUAUUGCUAUAGGCAACAAGGCACCUAAUGGAUGUCAAAGAUGUCUCAGACGUCGGCCAAUACAGCGCCCUCCUGGCCCAGAUCACCAAUGCCACCGAACAGGCAAAGCUGAGGAAAGGGCAGAAGCCGCGAGAUCUCCGUUCCCGAACCUCGCUCGUGUCCGAUUUCAUGUCCAAGAGGGACCAAAGAGUGCAGGUCAUGUCAGAGAAUCCGGCCCGGCAUAUGAUUUCUACGUCGCAAGUUCCUUAUCCUUACCCUCCUAGCGUUCGUCUCGUCGACGACCUCCAGCCCAUCAUGAUAUCGCAGAUGAGGCUCGAGGAGCAUCACCGAGGCAAGAAAGUUCUUCUUCGCGUCAUAACGCCUUCCGAUAGAAUAACAGCCGUCAUGGCCAUCGCCGAAGACGAGGAGGGCACUGUGAUGAUGAUCCAGCUUUACAAUCAGCCAGAAGAGGAGGACGUGAAGCAUGAGGAGAUUGUCAAGCCCCAGAGCGUCUGCGUCAUUAAGGAGCCAUUUCUGAAGUGCACCACCGACGGCUUCUACGGUUUGAGGGUUGACCACGUCAGCGACAUCGUCUGGCUGCCGGACGACGAUGAUCGCGUCCCGCCCAGAUGGAGGAAACCAAUACACGAAAGCAACGGCGAUUCCACGCAGAUUCGGACGCUGGGGAAUUCGGCCGUCAAGGCUGCGAACUGGGCGGGCGCGGAACACUGGUACUCGCUGGCCAUCCGCGCUGCCACGACACCUGAGCAGAGGCAACUGGCCCACCUCAACCGCUCGUUCGCAAACCUCAAACUCGGGCGGCCAGAAAAGGCUUUGCAAGAUGCGUUAAAGGGUAGACAAGACGGGAGCCCUUCCGAAAAAGCCCUCUUUCGGGAAGCGAAAGCAUUAUACGCCCUCGGACAGUUCAAGUCUUGCCUGGACAGGCUGCAGACCCUCAUCACUUCCUAUCCCGGGAACCACGAAGCACGGCAGGAGAUCGAGAGGGUCCAAGAGAGGAUCCAGGAGCAAGAAACGGGAGUGUAUCGGUUCCGGAGAAUGCACAAUCAAGCCAAGGCUACGCCCCCCAUCAUCGACUGCGCGACAUACGUCGGGCCCGUCGCCGUACGUGCCUCGCCCGGGUGCGGCAGGGGGCUCUUCACGACCAAGCCCGUUAAAGUGGGCGACUUAUUGUUCUGCGAAAAGGCAUUCGCCUACACCUACGCUGGGGACGAUGACCCCGCCGGCCUCCGCGCCCAGAGGGUCCUGAUGAACCUCUCGACCAAAAGGGUCACCAUGGGGGGACAGGCGCAUCUAAUCACCCAGACCGUCCAGAAACUUUACCACAACCCUCAAAUGGCGGAAACCUUCAAAAGUUUGCACCACGGAGACUACGAUGCCGUUUCUGUCUCGGCCGCCGACGGAGCGCCCAUAGUUGACUCGUUUCUUGUCGAGAGAAUCAUCAACCUGAACUGCUUUGGUUGUCCACGGAGCAGCCUCGGAAAUAUUGCUGAGAAAGACGGCGCGGAGUCCAAAGCCCACACGACCUGCGGAAUAUGGCCCCUGGCCUCUCACAUCAACCAUUCUUGCGUCCACAACUGCAGUCGCUCCUUCAUCGGGGACGUGCAAAUCGUCCGAGCCUCUCGAGACCUAGAGGCGGACACCGAACUGCGUUUCGAAUACCGGAGCCCUCCUGCCCACGAGAGCUACGCGGAAACGCAGAAGAGAUUCAAGCACUGGGGGUUUACUUGCGAUUGUGUCUCGUGCCGGGACAGAAAGUCUACUUCGACGCACACGAGGAACAACCGCAGGAGCCUCACGAUCGAUUUCAAAGCGAUCAUGAACGGCCCUAUGUCGGCCUCGAAGAUCCAGAGAGCCCAAGCAGUGCUCAAGCGACUCGAGAGUACUUUCUCGGUCAAAGAGGGCAGCGAAUAUUUAGAGGCUUGCGACAAAUACUUCUUGAUGGGACAAGUCUUGCUGCAGCAACACGACGCGCUCGAAGGGCUCGAGAUGAUUAUCAGCGGGCUCGAGGCCUACGGGUUUGAACUCACAGCCUGCCCGCCGAGAAAAGAUUCCAGCCGCCCGAAGCUCGAGGUCCGACGCUGGGGGUUUCUGAGCAACCAGACAACCUUUGCCUUCUUGCGAAUGUCCGAGAUCUAUGGCAUACACGCGCCGGAGCUCUCCGCGACCGCCAGACGAUAUGCAGAAAUUUCUCACAGCGUCUUCGUUGGCGAGAGCGACUCGCUCAGCGAUAUUGCCGAGCUGAGCAAUCAGGACGCGGCGAAGUUCUCGCGUGGUAGAUGACCAUAGGAUGCUUUAGUACUAUUUCUCUGUCUAACGGCAAAUCAAGCUUGUAUUAACUAGGUAUCAUUCGUCCCUGAGCUUUGUACGGUAUUAUACGCUAGGAAAUCAGUUAGUCUUAGUUCGUAGCUAGAUUUUCAUGACUGGGCAAGAAAACUCCGAUCAGUUUAUCUUCAUAGAAAAAUCGAAAGUCUUCACUGA